ACCAUCAUCAUGUCAGCUGGGAAUCAUAGCUUUGUGACAGAGUUUGUAAUCGUUGGGUUCCCUGGACUUCUGCCAGAGUUCUACGGUCUUGCCUCAACUGUAUUAUUCUUGGUGUAUUUUUGCACUGCAGUAGGAAAUGUUGUUAUUCUUGUAUUGUUCGCAACAGACCGGGAUCUCCACAAACCCAUGUAUUUUGUUAUUUUACAUCUGGUUGUUUCUGAUAUUCUCUUCAGCACCACCACAUUACCAAAGAUUAUUGCCAGGUAUUGGUUUCAAGCAGGGGCCAUUUCAUUCACAGGUUGUUUUGUCCAGAUGUACUUAGUGCACUAUUUUGGAACUGUAAAUUCAUAUAUUCUAUUUAUAAUGGCUUUAGACCGAUAUGUUUCAAUCUGUUUUCCGCUCAGAUAUCCAAUGAUUAUCAAAAACUCCACUAUUCAUAUUCUCAGUACCACUGCUUGGAUUGUUGCGAAAGCCGGCCCAUUGAUGAUGGUAAUUAGGGCCUAUCCUCUUCCUUACUGUGACUCAAACAAAAUCAUGCAGUGCUACUGUGAUCAUAUCGCUAUAACAACGCUUGCAUGCACUGAUAGGGUUCCUUAUAGUUUUCCUGCUUUUGUUGUAGCCAUGCUGGCAUUACUGGGACCUCUUGUUUUCAUUAUAUUCUCAUAUUGCUCUAUUAUUGUGGCAGUUGUUCAGAUUGCGAGCCCCCAAGGCCGCCUCAAAACCCUUUCUACCUGCAGUGGUCAGCUGAUCAUCAUUGCCCUGUAUUUUCUCCCCAGGUGUUUUAUUUAUCUGGCCAGUAAUAUCGGCAUUAGAUUCAGCACUGAUUUACGUAUUGUUAUUAUCAUGUUGUAUAGCCUGCUCCCUCCCAUGAUCAAUCCACUGAUUUACAGUUUCAAAACCAAAUAUAUAAAACAGAGCUUGAUGAAAAGAUUCAAAAAAUCAACUGAUCCACAGAAGGAGAGUGUCCCUGCUGUAUCUUAAUGUUUGUAACACAACUACUCAAACUACUUUUGCAAUUGUUUGAAUU